UUAUUUAACACUUUCAGACUUUCACAGAGGGCAUCAGGUGUGCUUCUCGCAAGGGUUUUCGUGGUGGCCAUAGAGAUCCUUUUACUCAGCUUUUAUUUUAUCCUCGCUCUAUCUGUUAUUCUGUUGGCCCUAUCAGCCUCUGAUUUGUUUUAUACAAAAAUAAUGAGUUGCACGGAAAGGGGCGAUCAGCAGGACUACGUGAAGGCCGCAAAGAAAGCCCUCAGUGGAGCGACAUUGCAGAGUUUCUUGUCAGGAGGCUUCCUCAGCAACGAUUCAAGGGAUCCUCAAACUUCUGAAGAAUGCCGAGAGGAAGGCAACAACUUCUACAGACGACAGCAAUAUUACCAAGCAAUCAGCAGCUACUCGAAGGCCUACGCCUUGGCAAAAGGACGUCCGAGGGACGCAAGUUUGGCUGUUGCAAAUAGGAGCGCCGUUCACGCAGCGCUAGGCUUUUUCAAGGAAUGCAUUUCCGAUGUCAAACUUGCGCUGUCGAUGAACUAUCCUGACGAGCUGAAGUACAAGUUGUACCAAAGACUGGCGGUUUGUUACAAGGCCACGAAGAACAAGCAGUUGGCUGAAGAAUAUUAUUUCAUGAGCCAGACAUGUAUCCAGGAAAAAGUGGCCGCAGCUAAAAGGGAGGCUGCUCUUGCCAAUUUGAAGCAGGAGUAUGAAAAGUCAACAAAACCACAAAGCAACAUAAUUCGAAUUGAGUUCAAGAAGCCCCCAAACCUAAGCGAUGGCUCGCGAAGAGACAUGCCAGGGGUUUCGGCUGCUUUGUGCAUUAAGGAGAAUUCCAAUUAUGGACAGCAUUUUGUAGCCAAAAGAAAUAUUCAGACAGGGGAAGUACUGUUCGUCGAGGAGCCUUUGGUGUGUGGCUUGGUGGAAAAGAGGAACCGAGAAAUGAACGAGUUUGUCACAAGCUUCACUCACUGCUUCCACUGUUUCAAACUAUGUUUCACUUUGUCACCCUGUGACCACUGCUCAUUUGCAAUGUUCUGCAGUAAUGAAUGCAAAAAGGAGGCCUGGAAAAAUUACCAUGAAAUUGAAUGCAAAGCCCGCAGCACCUUCGACAAGUUGCGUCACCGUGAAGAUUACACAACCAACAGCAUCAUGGUGGUCACUUGUGUGAGAUUCGUGGCAACCUUUGGAGUGGAUGUUUGCAUCGCAGCCAUGAUUAACCCAGAGUCUGCCCCAAAGAAAAUGAAAGACUUCCUCAGCUUACCACCAGCAUUUUACGCAAUGGAGACGGUUGAUAGUACAAGACGCCUUGCGUUGAAUUUGGCCUCACUAUGUUUUGGCCUUAGUGGUUGGAAGAGGAUCAAGCUGGCCGAGUUUAUGGUCUUGUCAUUGAUGGUGUACAAAAGGAACACCUAUAGCAUCAGCAUCCCUCAGCUCCAAGCUGAAACUGAAUACAAAAACAACUUUUUCAGCAUUGGUUGGGGAUUGAACAAGCACGCAGCUCGCAUCAUUCAUAGUUGCUCCCCAAACGUUAUUGGCGUCAACUAUAUGAAGACUCAUGUGGCUUUAGCCUACAGACCAAUUCGUAAAGGGGAACCAAUUUCAACAAAUUAUAUUGAUAACUGUGCCCUAGAAAGCGUGGCAGAUAGACGAGAGCAACUUAUGCACCAGUAUAACUUCCACUGCAAGUGUGAAUCUUGUGGAAAUGGGUGGGCACCAAAGACCAUCAAAUCUGAGAGAAUCUUCCAAAACAAUCCUAGUUUAAGAACGGUCAUGGUGCCUAUGGCCGACUGGAUUUUUGCUGAGGAUGCCCUUUCUGCCAAGGACAUCAACUCUAUUGUCAGCAAGGUGCACUUGCAACAAUGCCUGAAAGCUCAAGACAUGUUCCUGAAGGUGAAGGUGCCAAAGAUGGAGGAAGUUUUUCUCUACAUCAAAAGGUUCAUUAGCCUUCACUAUACAUACGAUUCACUUCGAAUCUACUAUGGAGGAAAUAAAGGUGACCCAUACCUGUUCCCUUACAAAUUAGACAAUCCAAUGGGCACAGGUCGUUGGCCAACACCAACAGAAUAAGGUGCAUGCAUUAGUUCAUAGGAAUAAGAACGCAAGAAGUUUUGGUUGAGAGUAAACAUAUUAUUUUGUGAAAUAUAAUUUGAAGAUGUAAUGAAAUAAUAAAUAGCUGGAGUAAACAAUA